AUGGCAACCGCCGCAGCUCCUGUCGAGAAGGCCUCGGAAGGCGAGAAUACAGAACCACAAGAGGCACAGAAAAGCCCGGCUUUCUGGCUAGUCAUCGCCUCUCUUUGUCUCAUCGCGUUCACGUCGUCGCUAGAUGGGUCCAUCAUCGCCAUCGCGCUUCCACAUAUCUCAUCCUCCCUCGAAAUCGGCGACAAGUAUGUCGAGGUCGCCAACUGCUUCGUCUUUGCCCAGACCGUAGUCCAGCCCGGCACCGCGCAGCUGUGUAACAUUUUCGGCCGUCGCUGGCCUAUGAUAAUCACAGUCUGUAUCUUCGCGAUCGGCAGCGGCAUUGCUGGUGGCGCAAAUGAUACCGCGACUAUGAUCGCUGGCCGCACGGUGCAGGGCUUGGGAAGCGGCGGGAUCAUGCUCAUGGUCGAGCUGAUUGUCUGCGACAUGGUGCCGCUAAGAGAGAGAGGAAAAUACCUGGGAAUUGUACUGUCUACUGCUGCCUUGGGGUCAAUUGUUGGACCGGUAGUGGGCGGCGCGCUCGCGGAAAGAGAUUGGCGUUGGUGCUUCUAUCUCAAUCUGCCCAUUUGUGCUAUCGUUCUCCCCGUUCUGUUCUUCUUUCUUCGAAUCAAGCACCUUUCGAUCUCAUGGAAAGGAGUAUUUGCAAAGGUGGACUGGACCGGGAACGUCGUCUUCAUUGGUUCAAUUACCUCUCUUCUUAUCGGCCUCACCUUUGGCGGGACAGUAUAUCCGUGGUCUUCUUGGAGAAUUAUUGUCCCCAUCGUUGUGGGCUGCGUGGGCUGGGCAUGUUUCCACGCGUACGAGAACUUCAUCAAGGACGCCAAUCCAUGUGUGCCCCCACAUGUCUUCUGCAAUCGGACCUCGGCCGCAGCUUUCUACAUGAUUUUCGUUACAUCCAUGUUGCUUCAGUGGAUCUGCUUCUUCUGGCCAGUGUAUUUCCUGGCCAUCCGAGGCACGAGCCUUGUGCAGACGGGCAUCAACUUUCUGCCCUUCAUGUUCCUGCUUAUCCCCGGCUCAGCCAUAGCAGGCAUCAUCCUCUCCAAAACAGGUCGCUACCGUCGCCUUCACGCGAUUGGUUUCGUCCUGAGUACAUUGGGGCCUGGGCUGAACACACUUCUGGACCGAAACACGCAUGCCGGUGGGUGGGCCAUGCUUCAGAUUGUGGACGCACUGGGGCGUGCCUUCAUCCUCCCCACAACGCUCCCCGCCAUACUGGCGAGCCUACCAGAGAAAGAUGUUGCUUCUGCCACAGGGGUAUAUUCGUUUCUACGCAGCUUUGGCUACGUGUGGGGAAUCACAGUACCGGGUAUCAUGUUCAACAAUCGCUUCAAUCAACUCUCUGACCGGAUAUCUGACGUGGCUGUGAGGGAAGCGCUGGGAGGGGGCAAGGCAUAUCAGCUUGCAAGCGGGGCGUACGUCCAAACACUACCGCCCGUUGUAAAGUCCGAGGUGCUGGAUGUGUACCUGGAGGCUUUGAAGACGGUCUGGUACGGGGCUAUGGCGUUUGGUGCCUCAGGAUUAAUCGCUGUUGCAAUUGAAAAACAUGUGCCGCUGAGAACAGACCUUGAAACAGAGUAUGGACUUGAGGAGAAGAAGGCCACAGAAGAGGAAGAUGGCAUGGUUGUGGCAGAGCCGCAUCUGGAUCACACGAGCACCAGAGGAGACGAUAAUUUGACAACACCCGCCACUUCGUCAUAG